AUGGCAGUUGUCUGGAUAGUCCUCGGCUUUCUCUGUCAGGGGCUCGAAGUAUCUCUCGGGCAAGAGCCCUCGCCGCGGGUUCUGACCCUGCGGAGGGCGACGUCCGAGUUCCGGCGACACCGGGCCCUGACCCCCGAAGCACCCUUCAGGAUCGACGGCGUCUCCUGGUGCCUCGCGGCGUGCCUGAGGACCGACACCUGUCGGGCUUUCAACUACGGCGCCCACUUGUGCCAGCUUCUAGACCAGGACCUCUGCUCAGAGUCGGGCCGCAAGCUGGUGCCCAGUCCCACCCUGAGCUACUACGACCUGAUGGACAACGCCAUGGACGAGCGCUCUGGUCCCCUCUGGAGCACGCCCUUCUGCUCGGAGGACGGCUUCUGCUCGCCCCGCUGCGAGCCGCUCCUCUAUCUGCCGCGGCUGAACGAACUUUGCGACAGGGACUUUGAGUGCCACAUGCGUACGGGGCCACUGGCGGUCUGCAGACGACGCCUUUGCAAAUGCACUCCUGGAUACUACAUAGAGGGGAAUGCCACCUGCGAACAGCUUCCCGCAGAGGGCUACUCGCUGUUCGCGGGUAGCACCGAGGGCUCCUACUUCAAGCUGUCCACCGGCGAUGCCAACUUCACUGUGGCGGCCGAAGAGUGCGCCAAGGACGGAGCCACGCUGGCCUACGUGGCCGACGGAGACACCAACCGGUUCCUCAGGGAGCUGAUGCGACGCUCUAAGGUACGCGCUGCCUACAUCGGUCUCACCGACGAGGUUCAAGAAGGUGCCUGGGUGUGGGUUGCCAACGGACAGCGUCUGAAGACCACCCAGUUUUGGCGGCCAGGAGCGCCGGACAACAGGGACGACGCCGAACACUGCGCGCAGCUGAGCAACGAGAUUGACUUCGGCUGGGACGACGUGCAGUGCGGCGUCGAGGGCCGGUUCUUCUGUCAGCUUCCGCACCCGAAUUAA